AUGGGUCUUGCACUCUAUGAGGGGCAACAUUGCGACGGUUCGUCGCCGCCAUCAUGGUGUAACAACAACUGGUGCUUCGUGGACGAGAGCCUGUGCCCAGAAAAUGUGAAACUGUGCGAGGCCGCAGGCGGUGUGCUGGGUAGCGACGUGUCUCCCUACUGCCGUACCCGAGCUACCGAUCCGAGCUCCCUGCUCAACAACUCUGAGGCCUACAGCUAUCAGACGUGUGGCUCCGUGAAUGACUACGAUACAGACCAGCUCAACGAAUUCAUCGCAGGGCGGUCGAUCCGGGCAGCAGCGGAUGCCUGGGCACCUUGGAUUGUCAAGGACGAAGAAGUUUGGUCAGGUCCAACUUACGAGUUCUUCGUACAGGCAUUGUCGAUCUUCGAACCGAAGCCGGUGAUCGAGGUCAUUCCGGGAUGGGCCACGCAGGAAUCCAGAGAUAGGUUUCCGAGCAGCUCGUACACUGCGUGUGUGCACGAUGUGGCGGUCGGGAACUUCGACAUCUGCAUCGCAGACCUGUGGCUCACGCCAGAGAGGAACAAGCUGGUGACGUUCCUUCCAGCUGUCAGGCAGGACUUCUUUUACCUCGUAGUCGAGAAGAGCACGGAAGCCACUGAGAUGACCGUCUGGGACAGAAUCACCAAGCCCUUUCAGCCGUUUACUCCUGGUGCCUGGUUGGCCGUUGCAGGAUUCCUCUGCAUCAUGUCGCUGCUCUUGUACCUCAGGCAAGUGUGCGAGUCGGGUUGUGAUGGUGAUUGCAAGUCACUGUUCAAGUCGAACAUCGUGGCUUUUCUCCGCUCCCUCUUCUUCGUUUGGCACGACUUCCUCCUCGGCCAAAGCAGUAUGGAUGUGGAAAGCGGUCCGGUUAGGCAGAUCUUCAGCCUCGCGUUGGCCUUCUUCAUCCUCAUCACCCUGGCGAGCUAUACGGCGAGUUUGGCGUCCGUGUUGGUCGUCCAGAACAGCGUGGGCGGUAGCAUCAACUCCAUCGAGGAUGCCAUCAACAAUGACCUGACAAUCUGUGCUCCAUCGUCCCUGCUAGAAACGUUCUCGAAGGUCUACAAACGUGCCACAUUUGUGGGUGGAGAUAUCUCAAGUCUUCCACGGAUGCUCCACAAGGGAGACUGUUCAGCCAUGGUUUUGUCGCAGGACGUCCUCAAUACCGUUUUCGCCGGGCAGGUGAGGGAGGCAGACUGUGCCGCCCUCAGAGCCGGGACGCUCACCGAAGAGGAAGCCCAGUGCAAGGACAAGAUGCGCGACUGCAACCUCCUUAGAGUCGGCGACCUCCUUUGGAGCGUCCCACUUUCUUUUCCGGUCAGCGACAGGAUGGCCCACAGCCUCUCCUGGGCUUUCACCAAUGCGAUCACGAAGGGUGUGAUGGAGAACAUGAAGGCCCAAAACGCCCACUUGUUUGCCCAGUCCAUCUGCGAAUCCGAAGAGGAAGAGUCCGAAGUCGUCGCCAUGUCUUUCGACGACCUCAGUGGCACCAUGAUGAUCUCCUUUGUCAUCAUGCUCUUUGGCUUCCUCGUCAUGUUAUCGCGGCACUACCUCCGUCAGCACAAGAGGCGAAGCAGCACAACAGAAGCUGCAGCAGAUCAAGCUUCCGCAGUGACGGAGACGGAGACGGACAUGAAGCCGCAGACGGUAUGA